AUGACUUCUUCACGCAGCUCAAUGUUUCUGCUCUGCUUGACCUGCACCUUCUUAAUUGUGGAUGCUGUAAGUCAAGGCGGCUAUCAGGCUCAGUGCAAAAAUUUCAAGGCACCAGCCCCAGGAGAAAACACUCAAUGUCCCAAUAUUCAAAAACCAGUGUGUGGCACAGAUGGCCAGACCUACAAGAAUCUCUGUGAAUUCUGCAAGGUAGCUAUGGAACAGAAUGGGCAGCUUGGCUACAAACAUGAUGGAAAAUGCUAA